AGCGUCGCUCAAGCCGAGGGAGGGGAUGCCCGCGCGUGUGCGGGGAGGUCCAGAGCCACGGCAGUGCACGGUCCCGCGCAGGUGCCUGGGGGCCUGAGCCUUGGUGCACGGGAAUCCGGGUACCAGCAUACCCUGGGAGCGCCCCCAAACCCUUAGAGAGGGCGAGCGGAGGACGCCCUGACUGCUGCUGUUUGCAAACCCUUUGUACUUAAUCUGGGCGUGCAGGGGACUGAACUCUAGGACCAGAGCUGCGGGAAGCUGCAGGAGCCCGGGUUACGUGCACAGACCCCCCACCCCCCGCUCCGCCCCGCACCACGGUCUAGUCUGCUUUCAGGGACCCGUCCCUCGGCGCGGCUGCAGCUCCCCUUCUUUAUGCCCCCGAGUCGACCCCUGGCAGCUUCCUCUCAGUGCUGGACUCAUAAGGGCUCCCCUCCGGCCGCCGCCCCGCGGGCACCGCUCUGGCCUGCUCCCUCCUCGCCCCCCGCGGGCUGCGGGCCGGCGCGGGCCCUUUAAGAGCAGCGGGACCGGCGAGCAGCGGCUCGAGAGGAGAGGAGCGCAGUGGCCGCGGGCUCGGAGGACCCGGCUCCGGGACCCGGCUCGGCGGAACCGGGCCGGCUCCUGCGCCCCAAGGCCGGGCCCUCCCCGGCCGCCCGCCCCGCCCCGGCCCCGCCCCGGCCCGGGCUCCCCGGUCCGGGAGCCGGGGCGCCGGUGCCGCAGCCGAGCCAGGCCGGCGGCGAUGGCGGAGAAGGCGCUGGAGGCCGUGGGCUGCGCUCUAGGGCCGGGGGCCGUGGCCAUGGCCGUGGCGCUGGAGGACGGGGCGGAGCCCCCUGUGUUGACCACGCACCUGAAGAAGGUGGAGAACCACAUCACAGAGGCCCAGCGCUUCUCCCAUCUACCCAAGCGCUCCGCCGUGGACAUCGAGUUCGUGGAGCUGUCCUACUCCGUGCGAGAGGGGCCCUGCUGGCGCAAACGCGGCUAUAAGACCCUCCUCAAGUGCCUAUCGGGUAAAUUCUGCCGUCGGGAGCUGAUUGGCAUCAUGGGCCCCUCCGGGGCUGGCAAGUCCACGUUCAUGAACAUCUUGGCAGGAUACAGGGAGACCGGAAUGAAGGGACAGAUCUUGGUCAACGGGAGGCCGAGGGAGCUGAGGACGUUCCGCAAGAUGUCCUGCUAUAUCAUGCAGGAUGACAUGCUACUGCCACACCUCACGGUGCUGGAAGCCAUGAUGGUGUCUGCCAACCUGAAGCUGAGUGAGAAGCAGGAGGUGAAGAAAGAGCUGGUGACAGAGAUCCUCACAGCGCUGGGCCUGAUGUCCUGCUCCCACACGAGGACAGCCCUGCUCUCUGGUGGCCAGAGGAAGCGCCUAGCCAUCGCCCUGGAGCUGGUCAACAACCCACCUGUCAUGUUCUUUGAUGAGCCCACCAGCGGUCUGGACAGUGCUUCUUGUUACCAAGUGGUCUCUCUCAUGAAGUCCUUGGCCCACGGGGGCCGCACUGUCAUCUGCACCAUCCACCAGCCCAGUGCCAAGCUCUUUGAGAUGUUCGAUAAGCUCUAUAUCCUUAGCCAGGGUCAGUGCAUCUUCAAGGGCGUCGCCACCAACCUGAUCCCCUACCUUAAGGGGCUGGGCUUACACUGCCCCACCUAUCACAACCCAGCUGACUUCAUCAUUGAGGUGGCCUCUGGAGAGUACGGAGAUCUGAACCCCAUGCUGUUCAGGGCUGUGCAGAACGGGCUCUGCGCCAUGGCUGAGAAGAAGAGCGGCCCCGAGAAGAACGAGGUCCCUGCCCCCUGUCUCGCUUGCCCUCCGGAAGUGGAUCCCAUUGAAAGCCACACCUUUGCCACCAGCACCCUCACCCAAUUCUGCAUCCUCUUCAGGAGGACCUUCUUGUCCAUCCUCAGGGACACAGUCCUGACCCACCUGCGCUUUGUGUCCCACGUGCUGAUCGGCGUGCUCAUUGGCCUCCUCUACCUGCACAUCGGGGACGACGCCAGCAAGGUCUUCAACAACACCGGCUGCCUCUUCUUCUCCAUGCUGUUCCUCAUGUUUGCUGCCCUCAUGCCCACCGUGCUCACCUUCCCCUUAGAGAUGGCAGUCUUCAUGCGGGAGCACCUCAACUACUGGUACAGCCUUAAAGCGUACUACCUGGCCAAGACCAUGGCCGACGUGCCCUUCCAGGUGGUGUGCCCGGUGGCUUACUGCAGCAUCGUGUACUGGAUGACAGGCCAACCAGCCGAGACCAGCCGAUUCCUGCUCUUCUCGGCUCUGGCCACCGCCACCGCCUUGGUGGCCCAGUCUUUGGGACUGCUGAUCGGAGCCGCCUCCAACUCCCUACAGGUGGCCACCUUUGUGGGCCCGGUAACUGCCAUCCCCGUCCUCUUGUUCUCUGGAUUCUUUGUUAGCUUCAAGACCAUCCCCACGUACCUGCAGUGGAGCUCCUACCUCUCCUAUGUCAGGUACGGCUUCGAGGGGGUGAUCCUGACCAUCUAUGGCAUGGAGCGUGAACAGCUGUCCUGCUUAGAGGAAUCCUGUCAGUUUCAGGACCCACGGAGCAUCCUGCAAGCGCUGGAUGUGGAGGAUGCCAAGCUCUACAUGGACUUCAUUGUCUUGGGCAUCUUCUUCCUGGCCCUUCGGCUGCUGGCAUAUCUUGUGCUCCGAUACCGGGUCAAGUCUGAGAGAUAGAGCUUUGCCCUGACCUUGCCCAGCCCCCGCAGCUGAAAACCCCCAGCCCCAGCCCUUUGGGGCUGUUUUAACCUUGUAGACUUGGGCACUGGUGGCCCUCAAAUGCUCCAGCCUGGCUGUCGGACUGUACUGCCAGCCGCCGGCCUCCAGCUGUGGCCCUGGCUUGGGGACUCUGGGUCAUCCCCCAUGCCCAGGAACCUCCCCAAGUUGAUGCACUUUGUAGCUUUUCCCUCUCUCCACCACCUGCAUGCAAAGACCACUGGGAGGCUGCCACCCUCCUUCCUGUCUGCAGUGCCCCGCUCCGUGGUCUGCCUGGGAGCCACAGCGUCUCUGGGCCCCUACUUACAACUGGCCAAAGUGGCCCCUGGGGGUCCCCGCUGCUGCAGCAGUGUUUGUAAACCAGGGUGCUGUAAGGUUGGAGUGCCGGGGCUGGGCCCUGGUGGGGUCCCCUGGAGUGUCCUCCAGGAUGUUGUGUCGAGCGGGGAGGGACUCUGGAAGUCUGUUUUUCCUUCUACCUCUCUCCCACUCCCAGACCCUGGACAUGGACCAUCUGCUGGGACAGAAGAGUUUUCUGUCUGGGUCACCACUCUCAAUCCUGGGGAUUGGAGAGGCCAGGGGGUGCAGCUCACCCCUCCUGUAUCUUUAGUUGGGGGCAGGGCCGGGGGCCUUCUGCAAUACUGUCUGGGAUUCUGUCCCACGGGCCACCGCAACUGGAGAAUGCACUUUAUUUUGGAGGGUGAUGGGGAAGACACAGCCCUCCCUUCCUGCUGCUCCUGACGAAGGGUCCUACAUGCUGCCUCCCCUCUCAGUGUUAUGGGCCCUGCGUGCGAACAGGCAAUCAGCCCUCCACAGGCUGCGCCCUGACGGCUCACAGGAAGAGUGGAGGUGGCGUGGUGGUGGCAGCGGGUGCUGUGGGGAGGGCGGUGUGGACCUCUUCCUGGGGAUCCCACACUGGAAAUGCUAAGGAUGGGGCUGGUACUGCCCAGGGGGCUCCAGGGUCUAGAGGUGUCUACACCUCAGUCUUCCCUCCCUCCUGAACCAGGGGUGGCACUGGGCAUGAGGCUCUUGGAGUCACUUGGGAGCCAACAAGCACAAGCAUGGGUAUAAGUUGGCCUUUGCCCCUGCCGCCACACAGCCCUCCUUUUGUGCUCUAAGCUGGCAUUCCUGCUGUCCUAUCCCUUGUCCAGCUACCUGCCCUUCCCAUCAGCAGGUGGCCCCCGUGCAUCAGAAUGACAAGCCUCGGGCAUGCAGGUGGCCGACACCCCUAGAACCUGUGUGACUCUCCUGGUGGGCCCAGGAGCAUUCUGACUUCCCCUCCUCUGGGCUUCCCUGUUGUACACAUCCCUCUCGCCCUUCCUGACUCUCCUUCCACAGAGAUGCCAGUUGUAUUGGUGGGAUUUCGCCCAUUAUUAAUAAAACCUAUAUUUAUACAGUA